CCUCCUUCCGUCGCGCCCGGUUCCCCGCGCCGGGCCGGCCUGCAGAGGGCGCAGCGCCGCGGGUUGGGCGGCGGCGAGGCUGCGUGUGGCCCGCAGGCGGCGCUGCCCGGCUCGGCUCGGCUCGGCUCGGCCUGCGCGGCGGCGGCGGCGGCGGCGGCGGCGGCGGGGGCAGCGGGGGCAGCGGCGGCGGCGGCCUGGGCCCGGGCGGCGGCGGCGGCGGGGCCUGGAGCCGGAUCUAAGAUGGCAGCGGCGGCGGCCCCGGGCGCGGGCGCGGCGGGUGCGGCGGGCGCCGGCCCCUGCGCGGCCGUGUCGGUGUUUCCCGGCGCCCGGCUGCUCACCAUCGGCGACGCGAACGGCGAGAUCCAGCGACACGCGGAGCAGCAGGCGCUGCGCCUGGAGGUGCGCGCCGGGCCGGACGCGGCGGGCAUCGCCCUGUACAGCCAUGAGGACGUGUGUGUGUUCAAGUGCUCUGUGUCCCCCGACACCGAGUGCAGCCGCGUGGGGAAACAGUCCUUCAUUAUCACGUUGGGCUGCAGCAGUGUCCUCAUCCAGUUCGCCACGCCCACAGAUUUUUGCUCCUUUUACAACAUCCUCAAGACCUGCCGGGGCCGCACGCUGGAGAGGUCGGUGUUCAGCGAGCGCACGGAGGAGUCGUCUGCGGUGCAGUAUUUCCAGUUCUACGGCUACCUGUCCCAGCAACAGAAUAUGAUGCAGGACUACGUGCGGACGGGUACCUACCAGCGCGCCAUCUUACAGAACCACACGGACUUCAAGGACAAGAUCGUCCUGGACGUUGGCUGCGGCUCGGGAAUCCUGUCCUUUUUCGCCGCCCAGGCAGGAGCCCGCAAGAUCUACGCCGUGGAGGCCAGCACCAUGGCCCAGCAUGCCGAGGUGCUGGUGAAGAGUAACCACCUGACGGAGCGCAUCGUGGUGAUCCCGGGGAAGGUGGAGGAGGUGGCGCUGCCCGAGCAGGUGGACGUCAUCAUCUCGGAGCCCAUGGGGUACAUGCUGUUCAACGAGCGCAUGCUGGAGAGCUACCUGCACGCCAAGAAGUACCUCAAACCCAGCGGAAACAUGUUUCCCACCAUCGGCGACGUGCAUCUGGCGCCAUUCACGGACGAGCAGCUGUACAUGGAGCAGUUCACGAAGGCCAACUUCUGGUACCAGCCGUCCUUCCAUGGGGUGGACCUGUCGGCGCUUCGGGGCGCAGCCGUGGACGAGUACUUCCGGCAGCCCGUGGUGGACACCUUUGACAUCCGGAUUCUGAUGGCCAAGUCCGUCAAGUACACAGUGAACUUCUUAGAAGCCAAAGAGGGGGACUUACACAGGAUAGAAAUUCCGUUCAAGUUCCACAUGCUGCACUCGGGGCUCGUCCACGGCCUGGCCUUCUGGUUCGACGUGGCUUUCAUUGGUUCCAUAAUGACAGUGUGGCUGUCCACGGCCCCCACGGAGCCCCUGACCCACUGGUACCAGGUGCGAUGCCUUUUCCAGUCUCCGCUCUUCGCCAAGGCUGGGGACACGCUCUCAGGGACCUGUCUGCUGAUCGCCAACAAAAGACAGAGCUACGACAUCAGUAUUGUGGCCCAAGUGGACCAGACGGGCUCCAAGUCCAGCAACCUCCUGGACCUGAAGAAUCCCUUCUUCAGGUACACAGGCACCACCCCCUCGCCACCUCCCGGCUCCCACUACGCGUCGCCCUCAGAGAACAUGUGGAACGCCGGCGGCUCCUACAACCUCAGCGGUGGCAUGGCCGUGGCGGGCAUGCCCACAGCCUACGACCUGAGCAGUGUUAUCGCUGGCGGUUCGAGCGUCACUCACAACAACCUCAUCCCCCUCGCCAACACCGGGAUCGUGAACCAUACCCACUCGCGGAUGGGCUCCAUCAUGAGCACGGGCAUCGUGCAAGGCUCCUCGGCGGCCCAGGGAGGCGGCGGUGGAUCGGCGGGCGCCCACUACGCUGUCAACAGCCAGUUCACCAUGGGCGGCCCGGCCAUCUCCAUGGCCUCACCCAUGUCCCUGCCCAGCAACACCAUGCACUACGGCACCUAGGCCCCCCACACCUGCCCACCCUGCGAA